UAGAGAUAAGAGAAAAAAGAAAAAAAAAAUGGCAUAAUGAUGCUUCCCUCUUCUAUCUGAGCAGGCAGAGAGGCUAGGGAACGAGAGAGAAUCUUUCUUCGCCGGACCUUUGUCUUCUCAUAAGCUCAUCGAAUCUCUUCGUCGACGUCGUUUGCAUAAGGGGAAGGGGGAGGUCAUGGAUGUUUCUGCUAGGAAGUCACAAAAGGCAGGCCGCGAGAAGUUGAGGAGGGAAAAACUGAAUGAGCAUUUUGUUGAACUCGGAAAUGUACUCGAUCCAGAGAGACCAAAGAAUGACAAAGCUACGAUACUGACUGAUACUGUUCAGUUGCUGAAAGAGCUCACAUCUGAAGUCAACAAACUGAAAUCUGAGUACACAGCAUUGACAGAUGAGUCCCGCGAGUUGACGCAGGAGAAAAACGACCUGAGAGAAGAAAAGACAGCGCUGAAAUCAGACAUAGAGAAUCUCAAUCUCCAAUACCAGCAGAGAUUAAGGUCAAUGUCUCCAUGGGGAGCUGCAAUGGAUCACACAGUCAUGAUGGCUCCACCUCCGUCCUUUCCAUACCCAAUGCCUAUGGCUAUGCCUCCUGGGUCAAUACCAAUGCAUCCAUCAAUGCCAUCUUACACGUACUUUGGGAACCAGAAUCCUAGCAUGAUCCCAGCUCCAUGUCCUACAUACAUGCCGUAUAUGCCUCCUAAUACAGUCGUUGAACAGCAAUCCGUGCACAUUCCACAGAACCCGCCGGGUAGCCGUUCUCGGGAACCUAGAGCAAAGGUUUCAAGAGAGAGCAGAUCUGAGAAAGCAGAGGACUCUAACGAAGUUGCAACACAGCUCGAGUUAAAAACCCCUGGAUCUACUUCUGAUAAGGACACAUUGCAAAGACCAGAGAAGACGAAGAGAUGUAAGAGGAACAACAACAACAACAACUCCACAGAAGAAAGUUCUCAUUCUAGCAAAUGUUCAUCUUCCCCAAGCAUCCGAGACCACAGUUCUUCCAGUAGCGUAGCUGGUGGCCAUAAACCUGACGAUGCAAAAUGAUCCAAAAGAAUUGAUGACGACCGCGCGAAACUACGGGCAUUUCGAUGAGUAUAUGAUGUGAGUACAAAAUGCAGUCGCUGUUUAAAACAGGCGUUUUUGGUGCACCGUGGGCGUUCUUUUUCCACAGACAGUCAUUUCUCAGCUAAUUUUCAUCCUUAAUAGGUCUGGCCUGGGCAAAAGAACCGGAACCGAAGUCCUCUGCUUUACUUCUAAAACUCCGCUGAUUUGUAAUAUCCAAUGUCUGAACUCACUAAUUUUUGAAAUUAUAUAAAUUUUAAAUAAACACUUAUAUUCCCAUUAUUUAAAAGUCCUAGAUUAUAUA